AUGGGUGAAGAGCAAGGACAAUUCUCGCAGCCCGCCUCGAGUGCGGGCUCCGCAACGGAAAUAAUUCUCCUUCCUCCCAUCCUCGAAAACUCCCGGAACUACCCCAACCACAGCUAUUAUAUGCCCUGCGAUCUUUCAGAAGCUACCCGCCUCAGCUUGGCUCACCAAGUAUUCACCCUCCUCCUCAAUGGCGCCCUCACCACCGUGCCCUUCCCUCCAUACUCCCGCCGCUCCGCCACCUACACUCCCCGUCCGCUCCGCCCUCCUCGCGUCCUCGACCUCGGCGCCGGUCCCGGCGACUGGGCCAUCGCCAUCGCGGAGCUGCAUCCCGACGCACGGGUGUACGCUGUGGACCUCAGCCCGUGGUACCUGCUGGACGAUCCGCCCGACGGCCGAGGUGGAGACUUACCAGAGAAUCUGACGUGGUUCGUGGACGACGUCGAGCCGCUGCAGGAGGCUGAGGACGAGGGGCUGGGUUCGGGGAAUGAGUUUGAGUUUGACACGGGUAUCAUCCCGGCGAGCGGGAGCAGUGACGAAGGCAAAGCGGUCGCUAACCGCAACGUGAAGGUCGAGGACGAUUGCGGUUGCAGCGAGCCUGGAGAGGAAAAGGAAGAGGAAGAAGAAGAAGGAGAAGAAGAAGAAGGAGGAGAAGGGGACGAAGAAGGAGAAGAAGACGAUGAGGACGAUGACGAUGACGAUGACGACGACGACGGAGAAUGGGACGUCCCUGAAAAAUACGACCUCAUCCACCUCCGCAACAUGAAAGGCGCCUUCCACCCCUCCUCCUACCCCCAACUCUACCGCCACCUCCACGACCUUCUCCGCCCCUCCGGCCACCUCGAACUCUCCCGCCCCCUUACCACCACCCACCUCGCCCCUGCCGCCCUACUCGCCGCCGGCUUCGUCGACGUCACUACCGUCACGCGCUCCCUCCCCAUCGGCAUGUGGCCCGCGACCGAGCGCGAGCGGUCUCUCGGGAAAAUGUGGAUGGUGUGCGUGCUCGAGGGGCUGGAGGCUGAGGGGCUAAGGUUGUUGACGCGGACCGGGUGGGAGGUGAAGCAUGUGAUGGAGCUAGUGGGGGCCGCGAAGGAGGAGGUGAUGGCACAGGUGGGGAGGGGAGGGGAAGAUGGGGAGAGGGUGGGGUGGGCGUCGACGGUGAGGUUUGUGAGGGGGCGGAAAUCGGGGUAG